AAGAAAUCCUAUUAGUAGAAACACUAAAGUUCAACGGAAGUGUGAAAGUCUCGAGAGCCAGCGGAGUGUAUAUAAACUUUUGCGAAGCACGCGAUUAAUUACUUCAAUUCGUACGGAUAAAAUAUUAAACAAGUGACAAGCGUUAAGUACAUCAUGUUCAACGAACACGAUAUGAGAGCAAUUCGAAAAUACGUAGACAAUCCAUUUCCAACUUUUCGGACGAAUCCUAUCUCGACGACAAACCCUACGAAGAUGAACAUCAUCAUACCGAUCAUUCCCGAGCCUACACGCGACAUUAUGGAUUUCACACUGGUGGUAGCAGGUGUCUGUUUAAAUAUUUUUCUCGCUCUUAUCGUUGCACUGAAUUCUUCCAUGUACACUUCCACCAAUUGCUACGUAAUAAGUCUCGCGUCUUCGAGCCUGAUAAUUCUGCUCGAGCCACUACAGCAGGUACUUCGCUGGAUCUCCGAUAUCGAUUUAAAUAUGAAUCUCGAUUAUAUAUUUUUGGUGACCUUCGCCACAUCUAUCCUGAUAAUAAUUCAACUGAAUAUCGAGACGUACGUUAUUAUUUGUCAAAAGAAUUCGCCGCUCCGCAAACCGCUGCAGAAGGUUUCAACGGCUGCAAAAGGUAUUUUAUUUAUAUGGGUAAUGUCCAUCAUGGUGGCAUCUCUGGAACUAAGCUUAUACGAGCACUACGAAAAAGAAGUUAUGCACGAUAUCUUCGUGUCGUUCACCGUUAUGUUUCUAAUAUUUCCGUGUUUUAUCUUUAUUAUGGUCGACUGUUUCAUUCUGUACGACCUGAUAAUAUCAAGGUCGAUAGAGGGAACGUGGCCGAGCGAAGAUGUCGAGCGUUUCGUUUUUCUGGUUGGCAUUACUAUCGGAUUUUUUCUAACUAUGAUACCAUAUCGAGUCGUGAGAGCUAUCGCUCUUGUAACAACGACUUGCUGUAGCGACAUAACUAUAGAGGUGGUUUAUACGAUGGUUAAAAUGUACCCGAUGAUUCUGCCAAUAACAUGUUACGUGAUAUCAAAAGAAUUUCGUCAAGCGCUCGAGAUGACGCUACGUUGUCAACGGCAUGAAACUUCCACGUGAUAUAACAAUCACAAAUACUCAAACAGCAAAGUAUCAAAAUACACCUACAACUUUUUAUUCAGAUAGCACGUAAUGUAUUUUAUUGCGCUUUUAGAAAAAAAAAAGAUCUGUCACUUCGCACAUUUAAAUAAUUUAUUAUUCCUGAGAAGAACUUAAAAUUCACGUGUGCAAUAAGCAAGCACAUCCGCUCUCAUGAGGGAAAAGAGAAGCGUCGAGCAGAGAGUCUGCACACAAAUUUUCGAAUUCACUGAGCUCUCUGUAUGCAAAUUAGCUUCCCUUUAAGCCUCUCCUCCGAGAGAGGAAAAGUUGAGCCAGCA